AUGCGUUUCUCUACUUUCUCUCUGGCUCUGCUUCUAGGCAGUGUGGUAUCUGCCACUCCAGCCGUUGAACUAUUCGAGCGAAAAGUGGGCUCCAGCUGCAAAACCAUGGACGGCAUGGGGACAUGCAUGGCAAGGAGCAAAUGCACCGGAGUAUACUAUGAUGGAGCUUGUGGCAAGAAUUCUGGGGAAACCCGUACUUGUCCGGCAGGGAAAGAUGUUCAGUGCUGUAUAGAAAAUGAUAAACCCACUGAUCCCAAGCCUAAGCCCAAGCCUAAGCCAAAACCUAAAAAGACUGUUGGACAGAAAGUCCUUGAUAUAGCCAUGAAAGAGAAGGGCACGAAGUACGUCUGGGGUGGCGGCUCAUGCAAAGGCCCAACCAAAGGAGGCUAUGAUUGCUCCGGACUUGUCGCCUAUGCUGUUUGCAAAGCCACGAAACGAAAUCUCUUCAAGGAGGGUCUACGCGUGACAUAUUCCAUGUACUGCGCUUCGAGCAGCAGGCUAGGCAAAUUCAAUAACUCUGGUGACCGCAUGCUUCACGCGCCAAAUCCAAGCACUGUGGUUCGGGAAGGCAAGGUCUCAGCCCAAGGAAGUUUGAAAGCUUGUCCAUAUGUGAUUCGAUUCGCAUAA